CUUUGUAUCCCAAUGGCUCUCCGGCUCACCUUCCUCCCUCUCUUCUUCGUGCUCUUCCUGCUCUCCCACUUGACGCCGUCGCCGGCCGCGGAAGCCACCGCUAUUAAGGCGAGCGACUGGAGCCUCGGAGCUGGCGACAGCGGCCUCCCGACGUGUGAGGGCCGUGUCGGCGAGUGCGUCGGCGACGAGGAGGAGGGAGAGAUGGAGUCGAACUCCGUCCGACGAGUCCUCGCCGCGUACCGGGGGAGGUACAUAAGCUACGACGCGCUGAAGAGGGACCGCGUGCCGUGCGACCGCCGCGGCCAGUCCUACUACAACUGCAACCGCCAGCGGCAGGCCAAUCCUUAUCGCCGGGGAUGCACCAUCAUCACCAGAUGCGCUAGGGUGCUGCAUUAACCAGCACUCAUGCUUAAUUACAUCUAAUUAAUUCUUUGGUUGAUUGGGAUUAAGGGGGGCUCAUCUUUUGUGUUUAUACAUCGAUAAUUAC